UGGUGCAACUGGAAGUGGGGGUGGGAGUGGUGGCGGCGGGGGGAAUGGGGGCGGAAAUGGAGGUGGAAGUAAAAGUGGGGGUGGAGGUACCAGUGGCAGUGGCAGUUGGACUGGAACCGGAACUGGAAAUGGGGAAGAUAGUGAAAGUGGAGGCGGAAAUAACGGAAGCAGCCCCGAGGGAAGUAGUAGCACAGCAACCACUACUACGCCUGCAUCCUUCCAAGGCCCCCCUUCGUACCCUCCGGGAGGUACACCAGCCUUCGUUAACAAUGGUACCGGCAGCCAGCUCAAUUCUUCUAACGGUAACGGAGAGCUGCCCAUGAACAUCCAAGGUACUCCGGUAGUUCAGUCGUCAUCUUCGAUGGUCAACCCCAAAGCGACGGGCAGUCCAAAAAUGUCUCAGACCGGGGGUGCACCAACUGCAGGUCUCCAAGGCUCCAGUACAUCAAGUACAUUCAGUAGUGUCGGAACCUCCCCGAGUGAUGCUACUCCAUCUCUUACUGCGACUUCUUCGCACCCGCUGUCCUCAGGCGCAAUUGGAGGAAUCGUUGUCAUAUGCUUUAUAUUCCUGAUCAGCUUCAUCGUGCUCUUCGUGCGGCGUCGCACCAUUGCUCGCCGUCUCGAGCGCCGCAACCAAUGGCGGUUCGGCGGAAAUACCGUGUCAGAUAGUUCCUCUAUCGUAGGAGACCGUAUGCAAGACUCUCAAAGUGGGGGACAACCCAACCUGAACAGGGCAAGCGCCCGCAGCAGCUUUGCUACCAACUUUGAUCAAGGACUCAUGUUCCGCAUUGAUUCCCCGAUGUCAUCCCCCAAUGUUGAUCACGCCGCACUCAGUACCAUUCCUGAGUUCCCUCGCAUGGCGGAAGUGCGCGAGCGCAUGUCGCUCUUGUUCCCUUCUGCUGGCGCUGUUUCUCGUAGGGAGUCCAUGAUCAGUAUGAUUAGUAUCGGGAGCGACUCCGACACUCAGUACCUCGUUAUGGGAAAUAAUCUCAAUCCUCCCGGACCAACUAGUCCCAUGUCCGUCCGUCCGUUUUCUCCAUCAGAAUCCUUCUCGUUCCCCAGGCCACCCCCGUGUCCCAAUGACGCACAACAUACUUCGUCUGUUUUUGCUGGUUGCGACCUCGUUACUCCUUCGUCAUGCGCUACUACUCUCGUCCAGAUUCACUCUCCUCCUCCCAUAUUCAAUUCUGAUUUACUGUCUUCUGCUCCCGCUGCCUCCUACCUCCUGCCACCACCCAGCGGUUCGCUGAUAGCUGUUUCUGGCACAUCUUCUGACCCUUUUGCUGACCCUCCGCAACCCGAAUUCGAGACCAUCCAUCGCCCAUUCACCCGUACUCUUGACGAUGAAAUCUCUGUUGCCUCAGGAGAUCAAGUCCUCGUUCUGAGGGUUUUCGACGACGGCUGGGCGCUUGUCGAGAAGCAGUGCGGAUUAUUGGAUCAUAACGAGAAUGGUCUCAUCCCCGUGGAUUGCUUGCGCGAAGCCGGUCAGACCCUCCCAACAUUCUUGUCUCAAAAGCGGGUGAGCGGCUACAGUGCCGACAUAAAUCAACUGGCCCAAAUGUCAGAGGGUAGCUUUCGUGCACUUUGAAUGACAAACAUGUAAUUGUGGUACCGCCAUCAUCGGAAAUUUAUGUUAUCCAUCCUUGGUCGCAUGCCAAUCUCGAGUUUCUUGCAUCGCUAGAAGGAUCGUAUAUUCUAUCUCAAUCACCCGA